AUGGCCAGUAACCAGGCCAGCCUGCAGGAUGAUCAGAGCAGGCACUGCAAGUUCUUAUCCUAUAUGUUCUACCAGGCUGUGAGAGAUCACAAGCCUGUGUGGAUGCUGGAAGACAUGAGAACAAUGGAGUAUUUUUACUGGGAGGAAAAUGCCAGCCUACGAACCUACUCACCUUCAGAAGCCCUUCUCUAUGCAGUGGUGCAUAAUCACCUGCCUUAUGCUCAAUAUCUGCUGUCUCAUUUUCCAGAGGAGGCUCUCGAGGUGCCUGGGGAACACUUCUGCUAUUGCCCGUCCUCUGCUCCUCACUUGGCCAUGGCGGUCACAUAUGACAGGAGAGAUAUCUUGGGACUGAUCAUCAAAAUUGCACACAAGCUCCCCAGCUUGAACUCCUAUAUCAAUAGGGCUGGCUGCUUUCAUCUGGAAGAUGGGAAAACACCCUUGCACCUUGCCUGCGAACUGCUGAGGUCAGAGACAGUCCUCAUCCUCCUAGGGAAUGGAGCAUCCCCCAGGAUAGAGGACAGUAAAGGGCUUACCCCACUGGACGUCAUCCUGGAGCAGAUGUGGGACUCCAAAGUCAAUGUCGCAUCAAAAAAGCUCUGCCUUGACUACCUCUUGCUUUUCAUGCCCAACCCACAGUUUAAGAUGAGGAAAGUUCUGCAGGAGCACCCAGACCACUGGACAGCUUUGCUGGGAGAAGACAAAUUCAACAGCCUAGUGGGGAACACACCUGCUUCUUUAUAUCUGCAAGCCAUGCAAACUAUUCUCCAGACUCUUCCCCCUUCCCACUUCCCUAAAAGCAUCCAGGAACUACCUAUACCUCAGGCACUAAAGCCUUUACCAUCCUAUGGCAAAAAGCUACCAGCAAAAAAUGUGGUAAAUGUUUUUCCUUGA